AUGCAGCAGGUAGACCCUCGAUCUGGGCAAGGUUUGGAUGGCACGUUCGAUGAACGUGGCCACAAGCCGUUGCCUUUAAGCCCUAUCGAUGGCAACGCACGACCUUCACUGCAAAGUGAUGUUGAAAGGACCUUCUUUGCUGAUGUUUCGCAGCCUGAGAGCUUCAACUAUAAUCCUUCGAUAGUAUCUUCUGGCAUUACGAGAAUAAGAGAGCAGGAUGAGCUGCGAUCAUUAGUUUCAGCGACUAUGUCAGGACCACAGGAGCUGUCACCAAAAGACAAGAAUUUCUGGAACAGAUAUUCAUCUUCAACGUCACAGUCUGCGCCGUCGUCUCCUAAAACAUUUACAACCUUUGCUGCAAAGAAUCCUUAUCGAGAUUCGAAUGAGCCACCGAUAACUUCCGCAGCGCACCCAGCACCAUUGACAUACCACAAAAAUGAGGUUUCUAGUACUGUGUGGCCUUUUCGGGCCUCCGACAAUACUAUGUCCCAAGAAGAUGCUAUCGAGGAGUCUUGUGACGCUCGUGCAUAUGGUUCAGCUCAAAGAGGUCGCAGCACACCGCAAAAACCUCACAUCUCGAUUGAAGACGGUCAGCGAGGGCGAAAGCCACUGACUCCACCAUCGAGUCCCUCCAGAUCACGGUUCAACAUACAGCGUCCUUCGUCCCCAAAGACACCUCGACCACGUUCAAGGUCCCCAGUAAAGAGGCUAGUGGGAAUGGUGAAGAGCAUGAGCACCAAUCAAAUACCUACUGAUCUUUCGCUUCCACCAACUACCACACCAUCGAGCACGAACAAGCGUCGUUGGAAGGAACUCGGUCAUAAGCUAAAGCAUGGAUUUUUGACUCCAGAUCUUGAGCAGCUAGAACAGGAAGAGUUGAUGGAGCAAUAUGCGACUGACAACAGGUUCGAUGCAGUCCGUAUCAUCACACCUCCAUCAACGCACGAGAGAAGUGCCUUUCCUGUUUCCAUCAAGAGUUCUGGGCAGAGCAAACUGUGGUCCGAGCUCGAAUACAUGCUGAUCGAAACUUGCAACAGCUUUCUGAAGGACGAAUUUGAUCAUAAUCGUCUCCAACGUCAUAGUGUGCUCCGAACCAAGCGUCAAUGGCAAGCUCGUAACAGACCACAAGUCAUCGAGUUUUACUACGAUCAGACCACGCAAUAUGAGCUUGUGAUCGCCAACUUAAGAACUGUCAAGCUCUACAGUGACUAUGCUCAAGAUGCUAUCAUCCUCAAUUCGGUCCUACACCAAUGGAAGAUACUCAUCCGAGAAUUGUCCGUGAAGACACUAUGCAUGCCAGACAGCAUAGUUCGACGGUGGCUGCACGAUGGCCGGAGAGUAUUGGAAUUGCUAGGCGCUCUCCCAAUCACAUUGACAAACAUGGACAAGCUCACUUCUUUGUGCAUGGCUGUCAUCGGAAGUGCAGAAAAGGAGCGCGCCAGGCGACGCGUUCGGGAGGAAGUUGGCAAUGCACAAGGAAAUCACAGACGCAGCGUCAGCGAUGGUAGUCAAACAACUCUGCUCAAACAUGAGGCGGCUUUACUGAACGGAGCAGACGGGCCACCGCCCUUGCCUGGCUCCAGCUCCGGUUCUUCUGGCACUACAUCAGACAGCCGGAAAGUCACACCACAGGAGCUCCAGAGACAUCUCGUCCAACACGCACAGCAACGAAAAGCUGCAGUUGCCCAGGGUCAAACACAAGGGCAAAUCUCGCAAGGACGAACAUCGCAUGAGGCAAAGCAAUUCAUCUUCACUCAAGGUAAUGGCAAUAGUUUCGGAUAUACGCGUGGCUACAAACAUGGUCAUGGCCACUCCAAAUCGCUUGAGCCAGGCGAGGAAAGAGCUCGGUUCAUGUACGAUUGA